ACUGCGCGUUCUUGGUUCUUUCUCCAAGUCUUUGAAGCAAAAUGGAACAGUUGGGUUUCUUUCUUUGCUCCUUACAGGUGGGAAUUUUGUGAAGUGUGUAGGAGAAUUUUGUGAAGCGUAGGAGAAUCUCAAGGACAUAGUUUCGUGCAAUCAAACUGAGAUCGUUAAACUGCUGAAUUCUGUGAAGAUUAUGUGUUGUGCACUGUUGGAAGCUAUGAAGUGUUUCUCAUUCCAUGUUGGAGACAAAAAGGAUGAACCAAAGAGCCCAAAUACAAUGUUUACUGAUGGUGACAUGAAGAGAUCUGGAUCUGAGUUGGAUUCCCAGAAUAUCUCUGAUGCCAGUUCAGAGUCCCUGAGGAGGAACCAAUAUCCUAGUUUCUCUCAGAGACCCAGCAACCUCAGAAUAUUCACAGUUUCUGAGCUGAAGUCAGCCACUAAGAAUUUCGGCCGAUCUGGCAUGGUUGGAGAGGGUGGAUUUGGCUGUGUCUAUAAAGGGCAGAUUAGGAGUUCAGAAGAUCCAUCCCAAAAAAUUGAAGUUGCCGUGAAACAGCUCAGUAAAAGAGGGUUGCAGGGGCACAAGGAAUGGGUGACAGAAGUUAAUGUUCUCGGGGUGGUUGAGCAUCCAAACCUUGUCAAACUAGUGGGGUACUGCGCUGAGGAUGAUGAAAGAGGAAUCCAGCGACUUCUUAUUUAUGAAUAUAUGCCUAAUGGAAGUGUAGAGAACCAUUUAUCAAGUCGUUCAGAUGCACCUCUUUCAUGGGCUAUGCGACUGAAAAUAGCACAGGAUGCUGCUCGUGGCUUAACAUACCUACAUGAAGAAAUGGAUUUUCAGAUCAUUUUCAGGGAUUUCAAAUCUUCGAAUAUCCUGUUGGAUAAGGAAUGGAACGCAAAGCUAUCAGAUUUUGGAAUGGCUAGGUUGGGUCCAGCUGAAGGAGUAAGCCACGUCUCAACAGCGGUUGUUGGAACGAUGGGUUAUGCAGCACCUGAGUAUAUCCAGACCGGACGUCUAACUUCCAAAAAUGAUGUCUGGAGCUAUGGGGUCUUUCUCUAUGAACUCAUUACCGGUAGGCGUCCCUUGGAUCGAAACCGGCCCAAGAGUGAGCAGAAGCUUUUAGAAUGGGUAAAGCCAUACCUAUCGGACUUAAAGAAGUUCAGGUUAAUAAUUGACCCUAGGCUUGAAGGUAAAUACCCCCUCAAGUCAGUUCAAAAGCUUGCAAUUGUAGCCAACAGAUGUUUGGUCAGACUCCCCAAGAACCGUCCAAAGAUGAGUGAGGUGUUGGAAAUGGUGAAUCAGAUUAUAGAGGCACCAUCAGGCCAGAAAAAGAACACGGAGGCACCAUCAGGCCAGAACAGAUUCAAGGAGGCACCGCCAAGCCAAAACAAAAUUAAGGAGGCACCAUCUGGCCAUAAUAAGGUCACAGCGACACCAACUGGAAAAGUGAGUCUGCCACUACCACCAGUGAAUACGGCGCCAAUAGAAACUUCCAGGGAAUAUGAAACAGUGAGCAAGAAAAGAAAUGUAGAAACAAGGAGAGGAGAAACUGGUCUGCUAUCUCGUGUGUGGACACCGAAGCUUUUAAGGACAUGCUAAUUGCAAGUACCUUUUGAGCACCGGUCCUGGUAGUUACCCCCCUGACUUGUGUGAUGCAUAUAUUAUAGUUUGACACAGAAAACACAGAUCAGCUAUUUUCUUGUAAAUAACACCCUUCAUCUUCCAAUCCUAUGUAUA